AUGCGGAAGAUCAUCGGUGAGGCCAUUGCCAAGGCCCCACCCUCUUUCAUCCGCAAGUUGCAGACGGCUGACGUUUCUGCUGACUGCUCACUGGGACUGCUCAAGCUUGUGCGCGGUUUUCGGAACCUUGAACCCUGGGCUAUGAAACUGUUUGAUGCAUCCGGGAAGUACCCUACAGGCGUGUUUCAAGGAUCUCGUGCUGACAUGGGAGCUUUCGACGAAUGCUUAGAGACCUCUGUGCUCGACGCUUUUGGUCGUGCGACUUCGCGAGGCCAGUACUGCAAUUUGAUGUUCUACAUAAGGAAUGCAACAGCAUGGCAGAAGAAGUUGGAGCCCGUCUUGCAAGUCAUGGAUCCGAGUAUGUACUACUUCAAAAAUUACUUUUUCCUUGAAGAGCUGCCCCUCGUUCGCCUGGGCAUCUGCGUUUUGGAUGACUGCAGUCAACGCGAUCUACAAGCCUUAGUAAACGCAGUGAAGCCUUCAGUUGUAGACAUCGAGGUAUCCACUUGCCUCACAAUAAGGCCUGAACCAUGGAGCACAACACAAAAGCUCAUUGUGAUACUCUUAGGAUUUCUAGUCAUCAUUGUUGUUGGAAGCACAACAACUGACCUCUUCAUCCAAUCCACGCAAAACCUUGCUGGAAAGCACAGUGGUCUCAUGGCUGUUGUCACCGUGUUCUCGGCAGCGGCAAACACGCGCGAGCUGCUCAAGGUUGCCAACAAGGCCAACGCCGACCACCACCAGCUGCAGUUCCUUCACGGCUUGCGGUUCUUCAGCGUCGCCUACAUCGUCAUGGGCCACUCUUACCAGACCAUGUCGGAUACGUGGUCACGCCUACAAAACUUGCUGUCCAGCACGAGCCACUGGCCAAACAUGGUGAUAGUGGCUGCAUUCAGCAGUGUUGAUACAUUCUUUUUUCUUAGCGGUUUUUUCCUUUGCCUGACUCUCGGGAAACAAAAGUCGAAUGGACCUCUUGUUUUCAUCAUCGGACUCAUUAGAAGGGCAGUUAGGACAUGCGUUCCACUCUUCUUCACCAUCAUGUGUUUCUACGUGGUUCCACUUUUUGUUACUGGACCAGACGCCAAAUCAUUUUUUCUAAAGCUUUACGAUGACGUAGCGGAAAAUUGGUGGCGCUUCCUUCUUCAGAUAAGAAAUUUCUUCGAACUGACCCCACAGACCGUUCUUGGCCACACGUGGUAUCUUUCAGCAGACUUCCAGCUUUUCGUCAUUUCGCUUAUCACCCUGCUACUUUUCAAAAGCCGAAAAAAGCUGGCACUUGGAGCGUUUGCCCUGCUUUCUCUCAUGGGCUGUGCAUUCGCUACGUGGACUAUAUCAGGAUCCAAGAUGACCCCGUUUGUCGUGUUUCCUGCAGAGACGCCACAAAUCGUGAUGCAAACCGCGAAUGAAUACUACAUACGACCCUUUUAUCAUGCUGUGUGCUACUUCAGUGGCUGCAUGGCGUGCCUUGUCAUUGACGACAUCAAGGAACGAAAAUUUUCAAAAAGUAGCAAACCACUUCUUCUUGGUUGA